AUGGCAAACGCUAUCCGCGACGUCAACCGCAGCGUCGCCCCACAACCCGAUACUAACCCCUCCACAGAACUGACCUCCGCCGUCCACCGCCAGUUCCGCAACUCGCACGAAGGCCACCGCCCCCACGCCGGCCUCGACCCAACCCGCGCCUCCACAGGCGUCGUCUGGACUUCCGAACGCGCCUACGAGCAAGGCUACCUCGACGACCCGUCCUCGUGGGCGAAUCUCGGGCAGGGGGCUCCCGAAGUCGAUGACGAGAUCGAGGGAUGCUUCGAGCGGCCGCAUAGUAUCGAUGUGUCGAUGACUGGCAGGGAGUACGGGCCCACGGCGGGGAUUAAGCCGCUGCGGGAGGCGGUGGCGAGGCUGUAUAACGAGCAUCAUCGCAAAGGGAAGAGGAGCCAGUAUAGCUGGGAGAAUGUGUGUAUUGUACCGGGGGGAAGGGCGGGGUUGAUUCGCAUUGCGGCGGUCCUCGGGAAUGCGUAUUUGGGGUUCUUUAUUCCGGAUUAUACGGCGUAUAAUGAGAUGUUGAGCCUCUUCCGCAAUAUCGCAGAAGAAAUCGCGCGCGGCACCUCCGUUAUCCUCACCUCAAACCCACGCAACCCAACCGGCAUGGUGGUCAAGAACCCCGAGCUUGCCCAGAUCCAAGACAUCUGUCGGGACCGCGCCACUCUCAUCAUGGACGAGUUCUACUGCGGCUACAACUACACCAGCAACUGUGACGGGACCGUCAUCAGCGCGGCCGACAACGUCGAAGAUGUUGAUGAAGAUGAUGUACUGAUCAUCGACGGCCUGACCAAACGCUUCCGUCUCCCUGGCUGGCGCGUCGCCUGGAUCCUCGGCCCGAAGGAAUUCAUCAAAGCCAUCGGCUCCUGCGGCUCCUACCUCGAUGGCGGGACCAAUGUGCCCUUUCAAGAGGCCGCGGUCUCGAUGCUCGAGCCGACGAAAGUGCGCAACGAGAUGCGCGCGCUGCAGCGGCACUUUAUGGAGAAGCGGGACUAUGUCAUUGGACGCCUGCGCGAGAUGGGGUUCAAGAUUGACUUUGUGCCGAAUAGCACGUUUUACCUGUGGCUGGAUCUGGAGUGCUUGCCGGAGGAGAUCAACGAUGGGCUCAACUUCUUCGCGGCGUGUUUGAAGGAGAAGACGAUUGUGGUGCCUGGCAUCUUCUUCGACCUGAAUCCGAGCAAGAGGAGGGAUCUUUUCGAUUCGCCUUGUCAUCACUUCGUCCGCCUCUCCUACGGCCCCCGCAUGGAAACCCUCGUCAAAGGCAUGGACGCCAUCCAGCGCAUCGUCUCGAGGCACACCGGCCGCCAGUUCCCAAAUCGUCCCGCGACGCAGCAGCCACACACCUCUCCGAAGCGGGCCAGGAGGCCGUCGAUGGCGGCGGAUAUCAUGGGCGGUGUCUAG